AUGUCGGAAACGACCCCCUUUGAGCAACGGGGCUAUCUGAUCGUCGUCGAAGGCCUCGAUCGCUCAGGCAAAUCGACACAGUGUCAAAAGCUCGUGGAGAGUUUUGAAGCACAAGGAAAGAGAGUCCGAUAUGUUAAAUUUCCAGACCGUACUACUCCUACUGGUCAAAUGAUCAACAGUUAUUUGACCGGCAAAGCCCAGCAGGACGACCACUCAAUCCAUCUCCUUUUCUCGGCCAAUCGCUGGGAGGCCGUCAAAAGCAUUCGAAAAGACAUCCUGGAUGGUGUGAGUGUUAUAGUAGAUCGGUACUCCUUCUCGGGGGCCGUCUAUUCGGCCGCAAAGGACAACCCAGACUUGUCACUUGACUGGGCAUGGUAUCCCGAGAUAGGACUGUUGAAGCCGGAUCUGCUCUUCUUCCUCGAUAUCUCUUCGGCCGACGCUGCCAAGAGAGGGGGAUACGGUGCCGAAAGAUACGAGACGGAGAAAAUGCAGACGCGGGUUCGUACUCUUUUCCAGCAAUUAUUCUCUCGCCUGGACCAGGUCUACAUCAAGACUAUCGACGCAGGAAAGACGAUGGACCAAGUAACAGCCGAAAUUUCACUGGGUGUCAAGGGUCUUUCAGAUGCGGCUGCGUCGUCGACGCAGCUCAGAGUACUAGGACCACUAAAGGCAGCCUAAAGGGACGAUAUUUGCAUCAUAUCUCCUCUUCGCUGUCCUCGAUAACUACCUCCAAUCGAGGCUCGUCUACCGCAAUCUUGUCUUGAGCUAUACGCGUAGCCGUGGUGCUCAUCAGGGAUUCUGUGGACGCAACAGACAUGUUAUCGUCAUCCUCGUGCUCUUCCAAGAAUUCUUCAUCAAUAACCUCCCCAGAGGAAAGCAUCUGCUAAGCAUGUCACGUGUGAUAUGCUUUGACAAUCAUCAGUGGGGCAGACCACAAACAACCCUUCCUGCACAUCAAUUCCUUUGCUGCAUACAGAACAGUUCGGAUCAUCCUCCUCGUCGAGGAGAAACUGACUCUUGUCAAAAACCCCACGAAAGGAGGCAUAUGUGGGAUCAACACCGUCAACGCCACCCUUGCCGAUAAGAUCUGCUUUUCUUUUCCGCUGAACAGGCUGUGCCGACGUGAACUCAUCCUGUAUCUGUAAGGGCUGAUUCUGAGGUGGAUCGAAGUGGAUUUUUAUAUCCUUCGAGAUGUGUGUAUCAACUCGCCCGCACCAUGUUCGCCACGAUUGAUAGGCAUCCUGGCUGAAAAAGCGAACCUCCAGCGGCCACCUCGAAAAAUAAGAGGCCCUUAAGAGGAGAUGCAAGUUGGAUAGCUUGUCUAUCAAGGAGGUUCUUGGCCUGCCAGGCUUCCGAGUGACCUUCCCAGUUCUUGAAGUCUUCGUUCGGGUUGUCGCAAAGGAGAUUCGCUCGUUAGGCGGGAUGUGUCUUGUCAGAUGGCAAUUCUGCCAUGCCCACUCAAACUGCAAUGCAGCAAUGUUGGAAGGGAAACCCGCUACCACACAGGUGACUUCCCAGGGCUGAAGACUAUGCCGAGAUGUGCGCACAGCACCACCUUGUACUCGACCAUUGUGUUGAGCAAGUCGCCGGGCUGGGUCCGGACUAGAGCCGACAUAGACGCUGGCAUGUCGGACAGUCGAGCGAAGUAGGUAACAACAAUAAAAU